UCACGGCAUGGUGCAACAGUCACCUGCGCAAGGCCGGCACUGCAAUCGAGAACAUCGAAGACGAUUUCCGCAACGGCCUGAAACUGAUGUUACUGCUGGAAGUCAUUUCCGGAGAGACACUGCCAAAACCCGACCGCGGCAAAAUGCGAUUCCACAAGAUCGCCAACGUCAACAAAGCACUCGACUAUAUCGCAUCCAAAGGUGUGAAACUGGUAUCCAUCGGAGCUGAAGAAAUCGUAGAUGGAAACUUAAAAAUGACCUUGGGUAUGAUCUGGACGAUCAUCCUCCGUUUCGCCAUCCAAGACAUCUCCGUAGAAGAGAUGACCGCCAAGGAAGGUCUGCUCUUGUGGUGCCAACGUAAGACUGCUCCUUACAAGAACGUCAACGUGCAAAACUUCCACCUCAGUUUCAAGGACGGUCUUGCCUUCUGCGCCCUGAUCCACCGACACCGGCCCGACUUAAUCGACUACAGCAAACUCUCCAAAGACAACCCGCUGGAGAACUUGAACACUGCCUUUGAUGUCGCCGAGAAGUACUUGGAUAUCCCAAGGAUGUUGGAUCCAGACGAUCUGAUCAACACUCCAAAGCCCGAUGAGAGGGCCAUCAUGACAUACGUGUCUUGUUACUAUCAUGCCUUGCAGGGGGCGCAACAGGUUCGGAUUUCAUUUCGAAGGGUUGAAAUUUUUUCGCUUUAUUUACAAGAUAUGCCAGACGAACGCGCCGUCAUGACUUACGUUUCGUCUUACUAUCAUUGCUUCUCAGGAGCCCAGAAGGCCGAAACUGCCGCCAACCGUAUCUGCAAGGUUCUCAAAGUUAAUCAAGAAAAUGAACGCCUCAUGGAGGAAUACGAACGACUUGCUAGCGAUUUGCUAGAAUGGAUCCGCCGCACCAUGCCCUGGCUGGGUUCCCGACAAACCGACAACUCUUUGGCCGGUGUCCAGAAAAAACUGGAAGAAUACCGAACUUACAGGCGCAAACACAAGCCACCACGUGUUGAACAGAAGGCCAAGCUCGAAACUAACUUUAACACCCUGCAAACUAAAUUGAGGCUGUCCAAUCGCCCUGCCUACAUGCCCACUGAAGGAAAAAUGGUUUCUGACAUUGCAAACGCAUGGAAAGGUUUGGAAAUCUCAGAAAAAGCCUUCGAAGAGUGGCUACUUAGCGAAAUGAUGCGUCUUGAAAGAUUGGAACAUUUGGCACAGAAAUUCAAGCACAAGGCUGAUACUCACGAAGAAUGGACUCGUGGUAAGGAAGAGAUGUUGCAAUCUCAAGACUUCCGCCAAUGCAAAUUGAAUGAAAUCAAGGCCCUCAAGAAGAAGCACGAAGCCUUCGAAAGUGACUUGGCUGCCCACCAAGAUCGCGUUGAACAAAUCGCCGCUAUUGCACAGGAACUUAACACCCUCGAAUACCACGAUUCGGUGAGCGUAAAUGCCCGCUGCCAACGCAUCUGCGACCAAUGGGACAGAUUGGGCUCCUUGACCGGACGCAGGCGUGCCGCUCUCGAUGAAGCCGAAAAGAUCUUGGAGAAGAUCGAUAUUCUACAUUUGGAAUUCGCCAAGCGCGCUGCCCCAUUCAACAACUGGUUGGAUGGAACCCGCGAAGAUCUGGUCGAUAUGUUCAUUGUUCACACGAUGGAAGAGAUCGCAGGACUCAUGGACGCUCACGCCCACUUCAAGGCAACUUUAGGCGAAGCCGACAAAGAACACCAGAGCAUUGUCGGGCUGGUGAGAGAAGUAGAAAGCAUUGUCAAACAACAUCAAAUCCCUGGAGGAUUGGAGAAUCCCUACACAGCCUUGACGGCACACGAACUCACUAAGAAAUGGACCGAUGUCAGACAAUUGGUUCCAAGGAGAGACGAGACAUUGGCCGCCGAGCUGCGCAAACAACAAAAUAAUGAAAUGUUGCGAAGGCAGUUUGCUGAAAAAGCCAAUGCUGUUGGACCAUGGAUCGAAAAACAAAUGGAUGCUGUCACUGCUAUUGGAAUGGGUCUUAUGGGAUCUUUGGAAGAACAACUACACCGCCUGCGCGACUAUGAACAAGCCGUGUACGCCUACAAGCCACACAUCGAGGAAUUGGAAAAGAUCCACCAGGCCGUCCAGGAAGCCAUGGUAUUCGAAAAUCGUUACACUCAAUAUACAAUGGACACAUUACGUGUAGGCUGGGAACAACUUCUCACCAGUAUCAAUAGAAAUGUUAACGAAGUCGAGAAUCAAAUUUUGACCCGCGAUUCUAAGGGCAUCACGCAAGAACAGCUCACAGAAUUCAGGGCUAGCUUUAACCACUUCGACAAGAACCGCACAGGACGUUUGGCGCCUGAUGAGUUCAAGUCAUGCCUGGUUUCCCUCGGCUACUCGAUAGGAAAGGAUCGUCAAGGCGAUUUGGACUUCCAAAGGAUUUUGGCAGUAGUCGAUCCCAAUGGAACUGGAUACGUCCACUUCGAUGCAUUCUUAGAUUUCAUGACCCGCGAAAGUACAGACACCGACACUGCCGAACAAGUCAUCGACAGCUUCAGAAUCUUGGCCUCCGACAAGCCAUACAUUCUGCCCGAUGAGUUACGCAGAGAAUUGCCACCAGACCAGGCCGAAUACUGCAUUCAACGUAUGCCACCUUACAAGGGACCCAAUGGUGUACCCGGUGCUCUCGAUUACAUGUCCUUCAGCACAGCCUUGUACGGUGAAAGCGAUUUGUAAGGUAGAAUAAAUUUUCAUAAACAUUUAAGCAAACAUUUGACAAGUACACAUAAAGGUAAAUAAUGAAGUUAUGAGAGUUACGAUCAAAAUUAGUCAUUUGUGCUUAUUUUUUCUGUUAUUAUAUAUGUGAGUAAUUUAUUGUGAGUCAAAUAACUCUCAUGCACUAAUGUUUAAGUUUAUUUGAAUUAUUUAAUACCUUUAUUAUAUAUGUAAAAAAUUAAAAGAAGUGCCACAUUAUCGCUAAACUCAACAUAUCAAUCGAAAUAAAUUCAUUGCGUUUAAAAAGUUAGAAAAAUUCAAGAAAAACGUUCUUGAAUUUUAAU